AAUAAUUUGUCUCUCAGCUCUAUAUCAUCGUGCGCAGGUGCGGAAAGCCGCAAUUUCCACACAAAAUCAGAUUUGAGCCUUUGAACAUUUGCUGUGGUGUUAGUUUUCUUAUUUAGCAAUAGAUUUUCAUAGACGAUGAGCUUCUUUGCACGGGCCAAGCAUCAGUUCUUGCCUGUCCCCGAAAAUCGGAGGAUAGAAACGGCGCCAUUUCUCGAUGCUUGCGGCGAAGUCGUACCGUUCUUCGAUUUACUUGGAUCAACAGCAUUUGCCCCAGUGAAGAUGGAUAUAAAUGGCAACAUAACGAAAUUAAGAAAGAUUUAUGAGACUGAUCCUGCACGUUUUAAAACCUUGCAAGACGUUGUGGAAAAAGAAAUAGAGAAUAAAACAACAAAAGCAAAGAAUUCAGGGACAGAUGCUCUGCUUUGGCUAAGAAGGGCCCUGCAUUUUAUUAUUGCAUUUUUGAAAGAAGUUCUUGUUGGUAACAGUGAGCUAGCACCAUGUGCCACAAAGGCAUAUGAGAAGACAUUGAAAAAGUACCAUGGUUUCCUUGUACGUGGAGUGUUUAGUCUUGCCAUGAAGGCUGUACCAUACCGUAAAGACUUCAUGAAAGCUCUAGGAGGCGCAGAAGAAGAGCAAUACACUGUUAUGGAGGAUAUUCAAAACUUUGUAGAUGUUCUGGAUUCCAAUUUGGACGUACUGACGGAGUUUUAUGCAGAAAAUAAUUGUGAUGACGAGCGCAAAGUGUAGUACUCAUUCUACCAUAGCUUAUGCAUCAUACUAUUUAUCAUUAUUAUUCCAAGGGGACACUGCUAGCAAUAUCAGGUUAUAUAUGUUUUCUACACUUAUAAAAGUGGAAUUGCAUAUUGCAUUCAUACUUCUGCUAGUUUGUGAUACAGUGCAUACAUUAGGGAAUUUCAUAUUCACACAAUAUGAGGAUAUUCAUACUAGAAUAUUGAACUUGAAUAUUACAGAUAACUUCACUAACUACCUUUUUUAUUGGGUUCUGAAGAGAAAUGGGACUUAUGCAGAUACUCUAGUGUUUAUAAUUUAUUUCAUAACCAAUAGCAUUGGAGUUAUUUGUAAAUAGACACUUGUCUUUGUAAAUAUAAAAUUAAACAAUAAAUGUGUAUGGUAA